AUGUGUAAUGUUGCCGUUGAUAUUUUAAAAGCGUCUACAACUCACACGCCAAAUCGUGCAUUUACUUUAUUUGUUCCAUCAUCAUUGCGUCUAUUACCAUUGUAUAUGCUGAGCAUGAUGAAAUCGAUUGGUUUUCGUGCUGGCGGUGGUUCACGUUGGGAUGACCGUGCUUAUUUUCUCGGUUUAUGUAAAACAUUACCAACAGAAUAUUUGAUGCAAAUAUUUUAUCCAGAUUUAUAUCCUAUUCAUACAAUUGAAGACAAGAGUCAAGUAAUUCAAGAUGGAGAAGAUGAAUUGCAUAUACCUCAACGUGUUCAUUUAUCAUUUCAACAUAUUGAUUCUCAUGGUGCAUAUGUUAUGGAUGCUUGUGAAUAUAUUUAUAUUUAUAUUGGAAAAGCAAUUAGCGAUCAUUUUGUUCAAAAUGUAUUUAAUGUUCAAACAUUUUCUGCUUUGCGAACAGAUUUAUAUUCAUUGCCCGAAUUAGAGAAUUCUUUAUCAAUUAAAAUUCACAAUUUUCUGUCAUAUCUAACACAAAGUAGACCACAUGGUGUUGCAAUACACAUUUUAAGAGAGGACAGUCCAAAUCGUCAUUUAUUUACGCGUCAUUUAGUAGAUGAUAAAUCAGAAUCAACAAUGUCCUAUGUUGAAUUUUUGCGCUACGUUCGUGAUCAAAUAGUUAAUUAA